UAUAUCACUAAUAAAAUGUCUCUCGUACCAUACGGUUUGAGCCACCCCCUUCGUUCAGGAAUAAUCAAUCUUUCCAGGAAAGGAAAUGAGAAGUUUGGAACAGUUGUGAAAGCAGGAGUAAAUGCUAAAACUGUGACUGUUGAAGUGACAAACUACAGUUAUCCAACUUCUCCAAAAUCGCAUAUGACAAAACACAGAAGAUGGAAGAGGACCAGAUCUAGGAUCCAUUGUCAUGAUGAGUAUGAAGAGUGCUCCAUUGGUGACAAGGUCAUUAUUAGAGGAUGCAUCAAAAUAUCCCCAAUCAAAAGCUUCUACGUUAAGCAAAUAGUCCUUCCCAUUGGAAGGAACGCUUAUUAUGCAGGUAGAUUUAGUAAAGAUGAAGUUGAUGCUGUUGGAUUUAAUGAAGACCUCAGAGAAAAGUAUAAAAAGGAGAUGCUAAUUCUAUAAAUUUAAACACU